AUGCUUCCCAUCAAGACUCUCAUCACUGCCCUCGUCGUCGCUGGCAGCGCCUUGGCUCUUCCCGAGCCCGCGCCCGCCGAUGCGGUUGAGAACGUGGAGCGCGAUGCCGCUCCCGCCGCUGAGCCUGACAAUCUUGACAGGCCCAACAGGCCGGACUGCAGGUGCCACAGAGUCAAUAACCCAGGCUACUACUGCGGUUACUGCCAUUAUAGGAAUGAGCAUGGGAAUAACAACUGGGGCGGCUAUGUGGUCCUCUCUGGACGUGAAGACAACCAUAUGUACUGGUGCAGUAGGGACGGAGGUUGCAGGGACCAUGGCUAUCAACACAGCUGCGCGAGGCACAAUGGCCCGUGUGACGGUAGGAACCAUCCCUAG